CAAGUUCCCGAGGUUCGACGUUCAUUUGUUUUUCAUGUGUUUUGUUUUGAUGUGUGUUAACCAUAAAAAGUUUAAUAAUAGUUACCUGUAUUAUAAAGUGCUCUAUUAAUCAACUAAAGAAUAUGAACUUUUUCAAGAGAUGUCUGCCUUUCUCUUGUACUGUAUUUAAAUUCACAGAGAAACAAUAUCAUGCUUUUAGAAGCAUGAGUAUGGUGGUAGCUGAUGUACCCAAGCCAAUUCCAAUCAGGAAAAACAAAUCACAGUCCAACAAAGUUAAACCCAUUGUAGACUUCCGUAGUAUCAAAGUUCUAGGUGGUAAAGGAGGUGAUGGCUGUAUUUCUCUUCGGAGACUUUGCAAAAAUCCUCUUGGUGGCCCAGAUGGAGGAGAUGGGGGCAAUGGUGGACAUGUCACAUUUAAAGCAACAAGUAACAAAACCUCAUUGGAACACAUAUCAUCAGUACUAAAGGCAGAAGAUGGUGAAAAGGGGAUCAAUAGGGACUGCCAUGGAAAAAAUGCAGAACAUCUUGUGGUUGAAGUACCAGUUGGUACCAUGUUCAAAAGCACGGGUGGUGAAAUUUUAGCUGACUUGAAUGAGGACGGAGCAAUAUUUAUUGCAGCAAGAGGAGGUGCUGGAGGAAAAGGAAAUCAUUACUUUGCAACUGAUGUUAAUCAGGCACCUGAAAUUGCAGAAUAUGGUGCUCCUGGUGAAGAACUGAACUAUACCAUAGAAAUACGAACGAUUGCCCAUGUUGGGCUGAUUGGCCUUCCAAAUGCUGGUAAAUCUACUUUCCUACGAGCCAUCUCCCGUGCGCGACCUAAGGUUGCUCCAUAUCCUUUCACUACGUUGCAACCACACGUUGGAGUUGUUAAGUACGAUGAUCUCCAACACGUGACUGUUGCAGAUAUUCCAGGCUUGAUUGCCGGAGCUCAUCGAAAUCGAGGCUUAGGAAUUGCGUUUCUACGUCAUAUUGAACGUUGUCUUUGUUUGUUGUAUGUUGUCGACACCUCAUUGCCUCAGCCGUGGCAGCAACUUGAGGUCCUCCGAUACGAACUAGGCCAAUACGAUAAAAAUCUUCUAGAAAGACCCUCUGGUGUUUUGGCUAAUAAAAUGGAUUUAGUCCAGUCGAAGGAGAACCUUAGCGAACUAGAGUUGUACGUCAACAAAAUUAAUCUACCUCUCUUUCCUGUUUCAGCACAAGACGGUGUUGGAAUUCUUCCGAUUCUACAUUAUGUUCGAAAAUUGUAUGACGUUUCUCGUAUGAAAGACGGGUCAGACGAAAACGUAGAAUAAAACUGAAGCUAGAAAAUAUC